AUGGCGGCUGCUAAAAGAGCAUUACAGAUACGACUGCCUCCUUUACCAAGUAUCAAAGAUGUUAUUAGGCUAUACAAAUUGCGCGCACUUCGGGAGUUAUCACAAAAUUUCUUAAUGGAGCCGAAAUUAAUCGAUAAAAUAGUACGUGCCGCUGGCCACAUAGAAGGGAACGUCGUCUGUGAAGUCGGGCCGGGCCCGGGCGGCAUAACUAGGUCUAUCAUUAACCAAGCACCUAGGAAAGUCAUACUUAUCGAGAAAGAUCCUCGCUUCAUUCCUUCCUUGGAACUCUUAGCUGAUGCUUGUAAGGAUAAAGUGGAUGUUGAUAUUAUAACAGGUGAUAUUCUAAAGACCAACAUUGCUACAUUUAUUCCUGCUGAUGUUAGAACAGAUUGGAUGGAAUCACCACCACCUGUUAAUUUGAUUGGUAACUUACCAUUUAGUGUGUCAACAAUAUUAAUUGUGCGCUGGUUAGAAAUGAUUUCAAGGCAGGAAGGACCGUGGGCUUUUGGGCGGACUAGGAUGACUCUGACUUUCCAGAAAGAAGUAGCAGAGAGAAUGGUGGCACGCAUCCUUAACAAACAGAGGUGCAGGCUCUCUGUUAUGUGUCAGACUUGGUGCAAUAUAAAUUAUAAGUUUGAUAUAUCCGGUGCAGCAUUUCUUCCCAAGCCUGAUGUGGACGUAGGUGUAGUCACAUUGACACCUUUGAAGCGGCCAUUGACAAACCUGCCCUUCAAAAUGUUUGAGAAAGUAGUUCGUCAAAUAUUCUCAAUGAGGCAGAAGUACUCAAUCAGAGGUGCAGAGACAUUAUUUCCAGAAGAUGUUCGCAAAGAAUUUGCUCUGAAGAUGUAUAAAAUGGCUGACAUAGAUCCAAUAACUCGACCAUUUCAAAUUACUAAUACAGAAUUUGCUAGAAUUUGUGAAGCCUACAAUGAGAUUGUUAAAGAAUAUCCAGAAUUUGAACACUAUGAUAUCCGAGCACCGAAAAUUAAAAUACAAGUAGAUGAGGCAAAGUAUGUUGUUGAAAAUUAAUAUUUUGUUUUAACUGUAAAUAAUUAUGUUAGAUUUUUUGGAUUAUUUGAAUAAAUAUUAGUGACAUUAAAAAAUGGGUUUAUUCAU